AUGAAGAAACCGCUCAUGCGCAUCCCCUACACCGAACUCUUCCCCCCGCCAUCCAUCAUCCCGCCGACCGCCCGCUCCCUCCCCGGCGCCGUCGCCGCUCUACAAGAGUUCCUCCACGCUCCACCACUACCCUUACAACCACCAUCUUCACAAACCCUCAACUCAGGACCCGGCUCAUCACAACCCCCCGGCUCACCCCUCCCCCGCAGCACAGUCGUCCUAACAGGCGCCGGCCUCUCCGUAGCCAGCGGCCUCCCCGACUACCGCGGCCUCAACGGCACCUACCGCGUGAACAAAACCUACCGCCCCAUCUACUACCCCGAAUUCGUCUCCAACCACCCCGCCCGCCAACGCUACUGGGCCCGCAGUUUCCUCGGCUGGUCCACGCUCCAAAACGCCCACCCCAACGCGGCACACUACGCGCUCCGCGACCUGGCGGGGAUGGGGUUCCUGUCCGGGGUGAUAACGCAGAAUGUAGAUUCCUUCCACCCGCGCGCGCACCCGGGUCUACCGACGUUGGAGUUGCACGGGUAUCUGCGGGCUGCGGUGUGUGUGACGUGUGGAGGGGAGGUGGAGAGGGAAGGGUUUCAGAAGGAGUUGGCUCGGUUGAAUCCGAGGUGGGAAGGGUUUUUGAGGGGGGUGUUGGUGGAGGCGCCGGGGGCGUUGGAGACGGAGGAUCCGAGGGAGAGGGAACGGAGGGGGGUGAGGAUGAAUCCGGAUGGGGAUGUGGAGGUGCCGGGGGCGCCGUAUACUACGUUUCGGUAUCCGGCGUGUCCGGCUUGUUUGGCGCGGUCGUCGUCGGCGGGGAAGGGGACGGGGACGGGGCCGUUGGUGCUGGCGGAUGGGGUUACGCCGGGGAGGGUGGAGGUGGAUGAUGACGGGGCGUGGCAUCCGGCGGGGAAUGCGGGGGUUUUGAAGCCGGCGGUGGUUAUGUUUGGGGAGAGUAUUGCGGACCGGGUGAAGACGGCAGCCGAGGAGGCGAUUGAUGGGGCCGGGAAGCUGUUGGUGCUCGCGACGUCGAUGGCCACGUACUCGGCUUGGCGGCUGGUUAAGCGGGCCAAGGACCGGGGCAUGCCGAUCGGGGUGGUUAAUAUCGGGGGCGUCCGAGGCGAGGAUAUGUUUUUCUCGGGGCUGGAUCCGGGACAGGCGGGCGGCCAGGGCGUGAGGCUGGAGAUGGCCACGGAUGAGCUGUUGCCGGCGUUGGUCCGGGAGAUGCAGCAGUCGGGACAGGGGUGGAGUCCGUCGGCCGAGUCGUCUCGGGGGGAGAACGUGUUUAAGGAUAUGUUGUCCUAG